AUGCUCGAUGCCUACUCUGCAAGGCCUCGUCCUACGCAAUCGCUUCGCAUGAGGCGACCGACCAUGGCCACGGGGAAUCCUCCCGAGGUCUCCUCGACACCCAGACGACGGGUAGCCAGCCGCUACCACCACGAAGCCCCUUACUUUGGCCACAUCCAGUCCUCUGUCCAAAUCGUCGAAGUACCCCCGGCCCCGCAAACUAGACCCCGUCGCUUUCGAUACGACUUCACGAACAGCCACAUCCUGCUCGAAUUCCAAUUCCGCCCCUCCAAGCCCGCCAGCCCCCGUGUAAGCAAGCACCUUAGUUUGCGCGAUUACAACCUAAUCCGCCGUAUCACAUGA